CCGGGCGUGCGACGCCGCCGGCCGGGUCAUGAAGCUGCUGCGGCGCGCGUGGCGGCACCGGACGGCGCUGGGCCUGAGCGGCCUGGCGCUCUGCGGCGCCGCGCUGCUCUACCUGGCGCGCUGCGCGGCCGAGGGCCCCCGCCCGCCGCCCGGCCGCGGCGUCCUGCCCGCCGGGCCCGCGCGCGCCGCCGCCUUCCUGGCCGUGCUGGUGGCCAGCGCGCCGCGGGCUGCCGAGCGGCGCAGCGUGGUCCGCGGCACGUGGCUGGCGGCGGCGCGGCGCGGCGGCCCGGGCGACGUGUGGGCGCGCUUCGCCGUGGGCACGGACGGCCUGGGCGCCGAGGAGCGGCGCGCCCUGGAGCGCGAGCAGGCACGGCACGGCGACCUGCUGCUGCUGCCCGCGCUGCGCGACGCCUACGAGAACCUUACGGCCAAGGUGCUGGCCAUGCUGGCCUGGCUGGACGAGCACGUGGCCUUCGAGUUCGUGCUCAAGGCGGACGACGACUCGUUCGCACGGCUGGACGCGCUGGUGGCCGAGCUGCGUGCCCGCGACCCCGCGCGCCGCCGCCGCCUCUACUGGGGCUUUUUCUCGGGCCGCGGGCGCGUCAAGCCCGGGGGCCGCUGGCGCGAGGCCGCCUGGCAGCUGUGCGACUACUACUUGCCCUACGCGCUGGGGGGCGGCUACGUGCUCUCGGCCGACCUGGUGCACUACCUGCGCAUCAGCCGCGAGUAUCUGCGCGCGUGGCACAGCGAGGACGUGUCGCUGGGCGCCUGGCUCGCACCAGUGGACGUGCAGCGCGAGCACGACCCGCGCUUCGACACCGAGUACAAGUCCCGCGGCUGCAGCAACCAGUACCUGGUGACGCACAAGCAGAGCCUGCAGGACAUGCUGGAGAAGCACCAGACGCUGACGCGCGAGGGCCGCCUGUGCAAGCAGGAGGUGCAGCUGCGUCUCUCCUACGUCUACGACUGGUCCGCGCCGCCCUCUCAGUGCUGCCAGAGGAAGGAGGGCAUCCCUUGAGCGCAGCCCCCUCACCCGGGGCUCCGAGGGCACCGCAGCUGCUCUGCGCACCGCACGCCGGCGCUGGAGGAGAGGCCAGGACAGACGCCUCGGGAGGUGGCCGCUGCAGUGAGAGUCACUUGGGGGCCUGUGGGGCGCCAGCUGAGGUAGCCUCCUACUGGCGUUCCACUGGCGAAGCCGACAGGUUCCAGGACCUGGAUUCAUGAGACGACCCCAGUUUGGGAACACCAGGGUGGACCCAGCAGGGCCGUGCCCACCAGUGGGGGGACAGGUUCCCCAGGAAUGCUGAUUCCUCUUGCCAACCAUUUUUGACCUGGGACGUCUCUUCUGAGCCUCGGGAUCAUCAGAUGAGUUGUGUGCACAUCUCUGUUUCAGACGAGAAGGUGCUCAGAGAGACCGGGCGACCUGCUGAGUGGCCAGUGGCAGAGCCGGGAUUGGAGCCGAGGGCUGGACCCCCAGAUCCCUGCCCAGCACCACGUGGGCACACAUGCACCCUGUAGACUGUGGGGGGAGCCUAGGAUCAGGAGACUGCAGGCCCUGAGAGAUGGGGAAGUCAGGCCACCAAACCGGCUUUUAUGAGGGAAUUUAGGAGACAGAACAACCAACUCUUCUCCAACCGAAGUGGUGUCUCCAUACACGGCUAUCAGACCCCUGAGCGGGGCGCCCGGGCAGGCCUGGGCGUGGGCAGCAGGCCUCAUCUGAGAGGUACACAGCUCCCCUGUGCAGGGCCCUCUCCAGGGGCCCUGGUCCUGCCCCUCCCCCACCACGGCCUCGUGGAGAGAGAAGGCAGGCUGUCAGAGAACCAGGAUGAUGUGCCAGCCGCCUGCCUCAGCCCUGGAAACAGCCCCUUCGUUUUCCAACAACUGGAGGAGACUGAGGCACAAGAGACGGUGCCCUGGCCAAGGUCGCAGAGCUAGAAAACGAGGAACUUCAAAAACACCCUCAGCAGCCAGGAUGAAUCUCCAGAGAAUGAUGCUGAGCAAGAAAAGCCAGUCCCAAAAUAUUACAUGCUGCUUCCGUUUCUGUGACGUCCUUGGACGACAGAGUUGUAGAGACAGAGGACAGAUGAGUGCUGCUGGUCCAGGAGGAGCGGGAAGGGAAGUGGGGUGGGUACUCAAGUGGGUGGGAACUCGGGAUCUUGCCUGAAGCCUGAAUGUUGGUUUCCCGGUGGUGAUGUCAUCCUACAGUUUUUCGAGACUCUACCAUUGGGGGAGCCUGGGAGAGGGGUACACGAUUUCCCUGUACUGUUUCUCACAACCGCAUGUGAAUUUACAGUUAUCUCAGAAAGUUCAAUUUAAAAGUAUAUAUCACGUCACUAAUUCUAAUAAAAUAGGAACCUGGGGCCCAGGAUGGCCCAGCACCAGGAAGGGGAAUGUUCACCACACACGUGUGCCGAGGGCAGGGUGCAUGGCUCCUGCGGGGGGCCAGUGCUGCACCUGCCAUUGUCCUGUCGUCCCCCACCCCCACCCCAGGUCUGAGCCAAGACCUCCCCACCACCCUCCUGGCCCCCUCCACCCCCAAAGCUGGGGUCCGCUUGGUGUGGCAGAGUUGGCAAGACCCAAGAAGGACCAGGGACAAGCUAGGGGCUGGGGAGAACCUGGGGGCCACAGUUUGGGGGUUUGCCAGGACAUGCACCUGCUGGAGACCAUGGGACAGAAGGGAGUGAGGCCUCACUGCCUCAAGUGAGCCUGGAGGAGGCGUGCCCCACCCUCACACGCUGGGGGCUUCCAGGCCUUUCCAGGCCCUGUAGCACAGGCUGGUGUGCAGCUCAGAACUGGGGAGGAGCCAGCCCACUGGCUGCCCCUCUUGUCCCUGUACACAAGGGGCCAGCCCCUGAUCCCCCCCAAACAGGGGGUAGGGUUUUCGCUCCUCUGCCCCCCAAUGUUGCUGUGUAUACUAGGUUUAGCCAGUAAGUUCUGACCUUGGGAAGGUCCUCUGGCCUCUGGGCUUCCGUGUGCACAUGAUAAAAAUAGAAACGUUCAGAUUCAAAGACCCCUCCAGUUUCAAUGGCUGGGGGGCUCUGUUUCUCUGAGCACUGAGCUGUGGCCAUAGCACCCUGCUGCAUCCAUGGAGUGAGAGAGAAGGCCAUCAAGAGGCCCCCAAGUUGGUGACAUCGUCAGGGUGGGGCAGUGGAUCUGCCUCUGCCCCCACUUCACCACCCCCAGCCAAGCCAUGGAGCAAUGAGCUGCAGGGGACCCAGGACCAGCCCAGCCUGGCGCUGAGAGCAGGAGGGGUGAGCAGGGCACCCAGCGGCCUGAGCCAUCACACCUGUGCUCACAGCCCUUCUCAGGCCUGCUGCCUGUCCCCCAAUCACUUCCCCACCCUCAGGCCCCUCUCCCCUGCUCCUGGCUGCAGCCUCCUUUGCCCUCCACAUCAGGCUCACUUGCUGGCCAUCUGGCACAUGUUCCCUGCCUCGGGCCUCCACUGUCCCUUUAUUCACUUGAAGUCACCUUCUUGGGGCAGCCCAUCCACAUCACCUGCUGACUGCUGCCUUGUGGUCUCUCACUGUCCCUGCCUUUCACCUGUGUACCUGGCUGUCCCCAGGCCUGUGCCACACCCUUGCCCUCCCUGCCCAGCACACGGCCCAGGAGUCAGAUCAGCCCAGGAGCCAGGAGCCCCUCACCUGUCCGCCUGCUGGGCCCAUCCGCUGGGGAGACAUGAGCCAGUAGGCAGAGCUGCCAGGCCCUGAAGCCGUGGCUCCGGCUCAGGGCCAACCCUGGGUCCCUCCAGACGGGCCUGGGUGGCUGCCCUGGUCUCCCCGGUUGCAGCCACUGGAUGCAAAGUGCUGCUUGUGUCUGGGUCCUCCUGGGACCUGUCCACCAUCCCCCAGAACUUUGUCAAGGUCUCCCUCCGCCCACCCACCUGGUGGGGGCCGUGCUGUGGUCACAAUCUGAGGGCCCUGCUGUGAGUUGAACUGUGCCCCCAAAAAGAUGUGCUGAAGUCCUCAUCCCCAGGACACGUGCAUGUGGCCUUAGUAGGAAACAGGAUCCCCACAGACGUCCUUGAG